AUGGAUCCUUUCUCUAUUAUAAUUGGAACUGUCGGUCUGGCAGACGUCUCUAUUCGUCUCAUCUCUUAUCUCGGCUCUCUUAAAAGCGCAACCACGAAAAUCCAAAAUGAAAUCACUAUCCUGGGGCAAGAAAUCGAAGCUCUCGUUGCGGUAAAUGACUCAGUCGAGGACUUUUGGCAUUCACGGCAUGACUUGAAGGGCUUUGACGUGCCAGCCAACGAUGGAUCACAUGCUAGCAAUAUUUGGAAGAACUUGGCAUCGCUCUUGCAGCAAAGCAAGGGAACCAUUGAGCAGCUCGAGAGAUUGCUCAAAGAGGUCAUCGGCAAGAAACACACCCUGGUAGGGGGCAAGCUCGACGGCUUGAGAAAGACGAUCCGAAGACAGGAUCGAGACGGCGAAUACAUGCAAAUACGCCAGCGCCUCGCCAAUAACCAAGCUGGCAUCCAGAUGUUGUUGAGUGCGCUUAACCUCUCCUACACGCUCAAGUCGCAUACAGCAGUGGAUCGUGCUGUGGAUACGCUACCGGAGAACUUGCAGCACCAAAACAAUAAGCUCGCAAUAAGAAUAAAAAACCUUCGCCGAAUUCUCCAAGGCUCAACUGACCCAGAGAACCUCCACGACUCCCUCGUUUCCGCAGACGCGGUGGCAUCACUCAUCAAAUUCAACAAGCAUUUCGACAUGCCUCAAACCGUCGGCAGUUAUUACACGGGCCGACAGAAGCAAUUAACGGCGCUUCAAUCCAUGCUCGAUAUCGUCAAUUCUCGCGAACCCCAAGACCACCAAAAGCGCUUCGUCAUUUAUGGUCUUGGGGGUUCUGGGAAAACACAAUUCUGUUGCAAAUUUGCUCAGGACAACAGAGAACAUUUCUGGGGUGUCUUUUGGAUCGACGGGAGUUCGUGCGAAAACGCGAAACACUCAUUCGCCGGAAUUGCCAAACUUGGCGGCGUCGAACCCAACGAGAACGCGGCCAAGAACUGGCUUUCUAGCUUACAGCAACCUUGGCUACUUCUCAUCGACAAUGCCGAUGACCCUGAAGUCGACGUGAUGCGCUACUUUCCGGGAGGGGAAAGAGGCGUGAUUCUCAUCACCACUCGCAACCCUACGAACAAAGGAUAUGAAACGGAUGGUGCCCGCUUCUUUCAUUUCGAUAAGUUAGAGGCCGAAGAAGCUAGUGACCUCCUUUUGGCGGCUGCCGCUUCCCCGCGUCCUUGGGGAGUACCGACAAGAUCCUACGCCGAUCGAGCCGCGCAAAUCUUAGGGUAUUUGCCUCUUGCGCUCAUUCACGCCGGAAAGGCCAUCUUGGAAAAGCUGUGUUCUCUGAGUGACUAUCCUGAGUACUACGAACGAACAUGGAAUAAAAUCCGGCAUGCUCGAACUCGGAGAUCUUCUCAUGGCCACGAGGAUAAUCAUGCGUUGAACAUGAGUGUGUAUUCUUCAUAUGAGAUGAUAUAUCUUGGUCUCGAAAACAAAAACAACGACCAAUCCAGGGAUGCCAUUGAACUGUUGAAGACUUUCUCAUUCUUCUAUUGGGAGAACAUCGAGUUUGAUAUCUUAACAAAUGCGGCUUCGAACCCUCGGCGGGAACGAGAAGAUGCACGAGCGAAGGAACGUGUGGCAAAGCCAGUACCAGUUCAUCCAAGACCCAAGACAUGGACGAAAUUAUUUCAUGACUGGGCCGCUACAGUGAUAGAACCGCUUACGAGACCAUGUGUCAUCCUGCCUGCUGUCCUGCGUGAUGAGGACGACGACCCAUUUGAUGAAGACCGGUUACGCAGCGCCCUAUCUCUUUUGGUUCGUCUUGGCAUGCUGACACUUCAUGAUGACAACAAUAGCUAUUGGAUGCAUCCAUUGGUCCAUACCUGGGUACGACAGAGACCUGAAACCAGUACGGCAGAGCAAGCCGUUUGGUGUCAAGCAGCAGCGACAAUAUUGGCACAGUCCAUCUUUUUCCAACCUCCACGCGCAUAUGUGGCGCAGGAUGAGAAGUCAAAGAGGCAAAUUUAUCCACAUGUGGAGAAUGUGCGAAGAUUACAGGCAGAUAUCAAGAAGCGGUUUGAACAAAACCAGAAGGCUCCUCAUUGGCUCUGGCCAUUGAGGUUUCUAGCACCUCAGCCAGGCUUUGGGAGGCUCCAGGCGACUGAAUAUGCGAAAUCCAGUUUUGUUUACCUUCAUUGCGGGUACUGGUCCAAGGCAGAAGAGCUUCAGCUUCAAGUAAAGUACUAUUUAUUCGCAAAGCUAGGCCCUGAGUCCGAGUAUAGCAUAGCUAUUGCUUUUCUACUGUCUAAGAACUAUGUUUGGCAGACACGGAACAACGAGGCCAGAGAGCUACAAUAUCAGGUCCUGGAGUCUGCCAAAAAGCUAUAUGGUCCAACUCAUCCGACAACUUUACAGAUCAUGGAUACCCUUGGUGCCACAUGUCUCCUAGGCAGUAGGUACCGAGAGGCGUAUCGUCUGCACCAAGAAGUGAUCGAAAGUCUGCGGAAGUUGGAAGGGUUCGGCCCGGAGCACGAGGAUACAUGGACCGCUCUGGAUAAUCUUUCCAAGGUCAAGCUUCGCUACUUUGAGCAUGAAGAGGCGGUUAAGCUGCAAAUGCAAGCAUACGAGGGGAUGAAAAAGGUCCUAGGUCCUACGCACGAGAAAACCUUGGAGGCCAAGGACAAUCUUGCGGCUAUCUACGGAUUUAUGGGCGAGGAAAAUCUCCCACUUGCUCUCCAGAUGAGUGAAGAGGUUACGCAGAUUCGCAGAGAGACACUGGGACAUGAACACCCUCUUACACUCAAAUCCAAGUUGACCGUCGCAAAGGUUAAGACUGCCAUGAAUCAGUUUGAGGAGGCCGAACAGAUAUUUCUCGAAGGUUUGCCCAUCGCUAAAAGAAAUCUGGGUGAGAACCACCUGGGGACUCUCACAGCUCGCACCUGGCUUGGACAUCUUUACUGGCGUCAGGAACGGUAUUCUGAGGCGCAGGUCAUUUGGGAAGAUAUAAUUGCAAAGCAAAGAUUUGAACAGACAAAACGUGCAGACGGGGGACAUGGGGAUCGGGUUCAAGCCAUGUGGUUUUUAGUCCACUGCUAUGAGGAUCAAGGAAAGAUCGAAGAUGCCCUGAAUAUGUGUGAGGAUGUAAUCCAAAUUGUUAGCAACUUCGGCGGAGAAGGACUAGGAAAGCAGCACAAACUCUGGAAAUCUCUGAAGGAAAAGAAAGAGCAGCUACUGAAGCUCAAGGAUCAGGAUCAGAAUUGUGGUGUUACUGACAGCGCAGGUGGUUCACCGAGUCAUUUGCCAAUAUCUUCUUCAGCAAUACCACACAAGAAAGUGGUCAAAGACUUCACUUUCUAA